GCGCCCAGUGCCCGAAAUUCCAACUGCAAUGGUUCACAUCGGGCUCGGGCCCGGCGUAAUAAGUUGGGCCAGCUGCCCAGGCAACAUCACAUCACAAGCCCGAAACAAGGGCUUAAGUGGACAGCGACACGUCGGCUAGAAUUCUAGGGGCGACGCUUCGUCAAUCGGGAUGUCCGUAAUGGUAUAACCCUAAAACAGGAGACGCGGCGCUGGUUCCUGGCGCAUGACAGGAAAUAAGGACAACACGAUUCUGACUGAACGCGGCCAAGAGCGCUCCGCUUUUGCAGCGUUUGAUGCGUCAUCGCUCCGGUUGAUGACCGAGGCGCAUCAUCCAAGUACUGUUAUACUGUUUUGCAACGUUGCGCAGCCGCUAUUUGCACUAUAAACUGCAUACACACACGCACACCACAUAACCGACGCAAGUAAACUUCCGCCACUCGUUGUAUUGCUUUCUUUGAAGUGCUCCUGUUCAAAAUGGCCGCCAUCCCCGAGACUCAGACCGCCGUCGUGGUGAACGCCUUUGGCCCCGAUUAUGCCAAGAACAUCAGCAUCGGCACGGUUCCGGUGCCCAAGCCCGGUCAGGGCGAGGUGCUCGUGCGCAUCACCUGCCGCCCGCUGAACCCCGCGGACGUGUUCUCGGCCCUGGGUGUGUACCCCGGCUUCACGCCCAAGGAGUUGCCCGCAGUGCUGGGCCUGGAGGGCGUGGGCUCGGUGGCCGCGCUGGGCCCCGGCUGCAGCGGCCGCCUGGCGGUGGGGCAGCGGGUGGUGGCCACGCGGUGGCUGUGUGUGAAGGAGGGCAACGGCACGUGGCGCCAGUACGCCGCCGUGCCCGAGGAGGACCUGAUUGCCAUCCCUGACGAGCUGGCUGACGAGGCGGCCUGCCAGGCGCUGAUCAACCCCAUCCCCGUGGUGGGCAUGUUCCAGGAGGUGGGGGCGGCCAAGGGCGACUAUGUGAUUGUGACUGCCGCCGGCUCGGCGCUGGGUCGCAUGGCCAUCAGCUACGGCAAGAACGAGGCGGGCGUGAAGGUCAUCGGCACCGUGCGGCGGCCGGAGCAGGUGGAGGAGCUCAAGGCCGCGGGCGCCGACGAGGUCAUUGUGGUCCGCGGCCUCGAGGACGCCGCCGCCUUCAAGGAGAAGGUCCUGGAGCUGACCGGCGGCAAGGGCGCGGCGGGCGUGCUGGAGUGCGUCGCCGGCGACAUGCCCGCCAUUGUGAGUCCGGCGGUGCGCGACAACGGCGUUAUCAUCAUGUACGGCGCCAUGAACGGCAUUGACCUCAAGUGGAACGUGUUGGAACCGCUCUUCCGCGGCGUCAGCAUGAAGGGCUUCUGGGUGUGGCCGUGGAUGAACGCGCGCACUGCGGAGGAGCGCCGGGCGGUCAUGGAGCGCGUGGUCAGGCUGAUGGUGUCGGGGGUGCUGCCGCCGCACAAGGUGGACGCGCGGCCGCUGGAGGGCGCGGUGGAGGCGCUGCAGUACCAGGCCACGGUGGGCCGCGACGCCAAGCUGGUGCUGCGCGGCUAAAGUAAUGCCUUCUUUUAUUCCAGUUUACUCCCGUUCGAUAAGGAUGAUGAUGAGAGUGAGUGGAUAAGGCUUAUGCUCGCAUGGUCACGAGAUGAUUUGUAUACGAGUUGCGCGUUGGAGCCGAGAGAUGUGGAUGUGGCGUGAGGCGGUGAGGCCGCAGCAGCGUGACGUGCGGAGUGCAUGCAUGUUUAUGAGGGGCUUGCAUGCGGCAUACACCACAGAAUGCCCCGCCUGCAGAAAGACCGCGAGACGAAUAAAAUGCACGUGCUAAGAAUGUUCAUGGGGCGAACGGCGUCUUGCUGUUUGAUGAGGAAACCAGGGGCGGCAGUGUAACCGCAAGUUGCUGAUGUUGGCAGCGGUGCCGAAUAUGGGAACGAAAUGCAGUUGCCGGAGGAGGAGUUGGCACGAGGCUGACAUGCGCGUGUGUGUCAGCAUUAUGUGCGGAGAGUGCAUCUGCGUGUGCAGCGCCAUUCAUAUCUGUAUGUGCGGUUGGACGGGGCUUGGUUGGAGAUGCAUUGGUUGGAGAUGGGUUGACAGGUUGAAGGAAGGGUGUUGCGUGCAUGCAGGAGAGCAUGCAAGUGGAGGCUGGGGGCAUUGGAUUGCGGACCUGGCGGUAGAUGCGGGAGCCCGGGGCUGCCCCGAGCGAAGGUGUUGCUGCUGGAGGUGGGGGCCAUGCGUGUUAAUGGCCGGAUGGAUGGGGCGCAUUCGGUAGAAGCACACGCGCAGCAGGGCACGGGCAUGUGGGUCAUACAUCAGGGGCAUGCAUGCGGUCAUGUUGGACCUGGCGGGGUCACGCUGGCACGUACGCACGCACUUGCGAUUGGGCGCUUGCUGAUAAGUCGUGGCCCUGAGAAUAAUCCGGAUUCUGGCUUGCCCGGAGGUUGUAAUGCACGCAACAC